UAAAUAUUGGAUCGAUUAAACAAUUUUAGACAAUCGAUCCAGAUUCUUUUUCUACUGUAUUUUCCAUCAAAAGAAUAUCAAAUCGUCCAACAACAAAACAAAAACAAAAUUCAAAACAAUGAAAUUCAUUGCAUCAUUAUUCGUUUUCUUUACCAUCGUUUUGGUUGCAAUCGCUGAUGAUAAAACUGAACAGACAAAUAAAUUUGUUGAUCAAAUUAUUGGUUCAAUAAUCAAAUCAAAACAUUUAGAUCCAUUAAAAAUUGAUCAUCAUAAUGUAACUCUUGAUCGUAAAAUUGGUCUUAUUCAUUUACAUGUUGAAAUUGAAAUGGAAAAUGUUACAGUUAAAGGUUUGGGUCGUAUUCAUCGUAAUGGUAAUGCUAUUAUGAAAAAUAGUAACGGUACAUUCGAUAUACGAUUACGUUUGAAUGAUGAAAAUGUUAUUGCAACAAGUGAUUUACAUUUGAAAAUGGGUAAACUUAUACAUCCAAAUUUGAAAGCUGAAGUCGAUAUUGGUGAUAUUGAUAUAAAAUUUCAAUUAGGAAUGGUUGAUGGUAAAUUUAAACUUGAACAAUUUGAAAUUGAUGAAUUGAAACAUUGUAAAGUUUAUGUACAUGGUUUACAAAAUUUGGAUAAUAUUAUCGAUAUUGUAGCCGAUGCUUAUCUAUUAAUUUUUAACAAAAAAGCCCGUCAUCAAAUUAGUGAUUUAAUACGACCAAUUAUUGAACAUGAAAUCCUUCAUUUUGGUUGAAAAAACAAAACAAAAAAAAAACAAAAACAAAAACAAAACCAAACAC